AUGACGGGAGUUGCGCAGUCCUCCCUUCCACUUCCCAAGGGGCCCCCCGAGCCUACGGCUACAGCUUCUUCCAAGCAACUGGCACGGCGUGCCUUUGUGCCUCCUCUUCCUGCAGUGUUUUCUGCUUCUGCUCUUAGCGCUGUGCGUGUCGAGGGCGAGUCGCUUUUGAACGAGCAAGACAAACAGAUGAAUGCGCCUUUCUCUGUCUCGGCCGAAGACGCUCAGAUCCUGCGCGACCUCUUCCCAAACACCAUCGACACACCAUUUUUGAAACUCGUUUCGGGAUCUGCGACUGCGGACUCCAACAAGCCUCUCAAGGUUGGAGUUGUGCUCAGUGGAGGGCAGGCGGCAGGUGGUCACAAUGUCAUAUGUGGGGUAUUCGACUACAUCAAGCGCGUGAAUGCCAGCUCCGUCCUCUACGGCUUCUUGGGGGGCCCUCAUGGGGUAUACAGUGGCGAAUACAGAGUUCUUGAUGGAGAGACGAUUGACCAGUACAGAAACAUGGGCGGCUUCGACAUGAUCAAGAGUGGCCGCCACAAGAUCGAGACGGACGCGCAGAAGCAGGCUUCUCUUGAAGUCUGCAAGAAGCUCCAGCUUGAUGGCCUUGUUGUGAUUGGAGGCGACGACUCGAACACGAAUGCAGCUAUCUUGGCGGAGUAUUUCAAAGCGCACGGGAGCGCCACUCAAGUGGUGGGCUGCCCUAAGACCAUAGACGGAGAUCUAAAGAAUUACUUUGUGGAGAUUUCCUUCGGGUUCGACACUGCCUGCCGCACGUACUCGUGCUCGAUCGGCAACCUCAUGAUGCAAACGAUGACGCAGCGCAACGUCUACCAGUUCGUACGGCUCAUGGGCAGGAGUGCAUCUCUACUAACCCUGGAGUGCGCCCUCCGGUGUCACCCCAACAUGACCUUUAUUGGAGAGGAAGUGCUCGCAAAAAAGCAGAGCCUCAAGCAGCUGGUUGCGAUGACUGCCGACCUCGUCGAGGCCAGGGCAAAGAUAGGAAAGCUGUAUGGGGUUAUCCUCCUGCCAGAAGGACUCAUUGAAUUCAUUCCAGAGGUGGGAGUGCUAAUUGGAGAAAUCAACACCAUCGUUGCGGUCGGAGAAUUCGAUAAGGCGAAGCUUACGCCGGAGAGCCGUGCAGUUCUGGAAAUGCUGCCGGCCCACACCCAGCAGCAGCUGCUGCUCGACCGUGAUCCCCACGGCAACGUGCAGGUCGCGCUAAUUCACACGGAACAACUGCUGCUCGAACUAACCAUGAAGGAACUGCAAAACAGGAGCUUUCAGCACACCUUUCAAGGCCGCUGCACGUAUCUGGGAUAUGAAGGCCGCAGUGGCUUCCCCAGCGAUUUCGACGCCUCGUACUGCUAUGGUCUCGGCAACGUGGCUGCAGCCCUAAUCCAAAACAAAGCCACCAGCUGCAUGGCUGUGCUGAAGGGCAUGAGCUGCAGCAGCGACAUCAAGAGCUGGCAGCCAGCUGGAAUCCCCCUGACUCGAAUGAUGAACCUGGAAAAUCGCAAGGGGAAGGCCAAUGUGCCGGUCAUCAAGAAGUUUCUCGUCGACAUCGAAAAGCCGCUAUUCAAGGCGUUCGAACAGGUUCGCGGGGCCUGGAAGAUCCUGGAUCUUUACCGGGUGCCUGGCCCUAUGCAGCUUGACGAAGAGCAGCCACAGCUGCCGUAUACGCUCACAGGACCUCCGCCACUGGAGAAACUGUUGCCUGCAGCGGCUCUGGCAGCCUUUAGAGACCCUGCCAAAGUACAGAAGGGAUACCGGCUGUACUUCGACCUGCUGGAGCACCUCCGCUCUCCUCUCCAACAGGCGCGCGAGGCCGCACCCAUCGAGGCACCCGAGCAGCUGCGGAAGGGCGACGUCACGCUGACCCCUGCUAGCGUCGUUGAGCUGUUGCAGCCUCAGCAGCAGCAGCAAAUGCGGCAGAUAUUUCCGCGGACUGCAGCAUCCCAAGGCGGCCUUUUCGCCGUUUCUCCAGGAGUCACAGAGAGUCCGAAGGUGGGGUUGGUGCUCGUUGGCGAAGCUACUCCCGGCUUGUCCAACGUCGCUCUCGGCAUCAUGGAAAAGGUCGUCGCGGCAGGCGGUGAUUUGGUUGGCGUUGCGGGGAAAGAGGGUGGCUUCAACACCAGUUUGCUGCAAUUCAAGAAAGAUUUCGAGAUGCAGAGAAACCUGAACGGUCUUCCCUUGUUGGGCCGCACUGUGUUGGAGGAACAGCAGCUCCUCGCCGAUGGUGGAGCCUUGUGCAAGUCUGCCGGGCUUGACGUGCUGAUAGUCUUGGGUGGCACUUUCACGGGUUGCGCCACUCUGGCUGAGCAGCUCGAGCAGCGCGGUGACAAAUGCAAGGUGCUGAGUGUCUGCGGAGGCAGCGACUUCUGCAUGUUCGACCCCACGACUUCCCUAGAAAAGCUGCAACGCAUUUCUGCUACUGUUCCAGGCUUCAACUGUGGAAAUGAGAGGCGCAUCGCAUGCCAAAAGACGCAAGAUAUCAUCUGCGAUGCAUCCGGCGCUCUGGGUCUAGGAUUCGACACGCAAACCAAGGCUGCAGCUGAGCUUGUUGGGAACCUGAUGACGGACAGCAAUAGUGCGGCAAAAUACUUCUAUUUCUGCAAAGUUGGCGGCGGACGCGGCGCAGAGGCUGAAGUGGCACUUCAGACCCAUCCCAACAUCUGCCUUCUGUCUACGGUUUGCGCCAACCUCACUCCCGUGCAGGUCGCCGAGAAAAUCGCAACUUGCGUCGAAGCCCGCUGUGCCCAAAAAAAGAACUUCGGCGUUCUGAUUCUCAACGAAGACAUGUUCAUAACCAACAAAGCGCUGAGGUCCGUGGCCAUUGCGUUGGCAGUCAACGGAGGAAACGCCGCAGCUCUAUCAGGAAAUGAGGCUGCAGUCUUCCAGACAAUUCCUCAAACUUUCCAAGAGAAGCUUACAAAAACAUUCAGAACACCAUGCAACUUCCCAGUCAAGGCCGCAAGCUUCCCUAUCCUCGAUUGCCUUGCUGCCAUGGUGUCUAAAGUCCUAAAGGACCGCAAGGCUGCUGGAUCGUUUAGCGGCAGUUUCUCUCCUAUUUGCUUCGAUCUCUCUGACCAAGUUAGGGGUUCGUUCCCCUCUGCCUACGACUGCGCCCUGGGGUACACGCUGGGUCUCAUGUGCGGUACCUUGGCUGUUUCUCCUAGCCUGAAGCAGCUUUCCAGCUCUGCCGUUUUCGUCAGCAACCCCACAGCUCAAGUUGCCUCUUUCGCCCCCCUCGUGGUGCCUCUGGCCGCCGCGGCGAUGACUUGCGGCCUGACCGCUUCCACCAGGACUUCAGAAAACGGCAUUGCGGCUUGCGCUGCAGCUGGGGCCUUCGACCUACAGCUCAACACUCCGACUCAGGCUGUGGCAGUUUCUGCAGUUCACUGCGACAUGCAGCAGAAGGAAUUCCUGCUUAAAGACAGCUACCUCAACAGCGGGCCUCUUCAGUUCCGCGUGGCAACCGGGGCUGCUGAUGCGGACAGGGAGUGCAACUAUAUCCUCAGCUCACGGCAUUAA